GCUUCAGUCCAGCACUUUACUCGGGUCACGGCCUCCUCCUGGCUUCCAAGACCCCACCAUAGGCAGAGUCAGGCCUUCCUGCACCCUACUCCCUGUGCCUCCAGCCUCGACUACUCCCUAGCACUCCACGACUGAGUCUCUGAGGUCACUUCACUGUGGUCUCCGCCUCACCCUUGGCGCUGGACCACCGAGGGGAGAGGACUGGGGCGCUCCGCUGAGCCACUCCUGCGCCCCCCUGGCCUUGUCUACCUCUCACCCCCCGAAGGGUUAGUGUAGAGCUCACCCCAGCAUCCUACAACCUCCUGGUGGCCUUCCCGCCCCCACAACCCCGAGGUAUAAAGCCAGGUACACGAGGCAGGGGACGCACCAAGGAUGGAGAUGUUCCAGGGGCUGCUGCUGCUGCUGCUGCUGAGCAUGGGCGGGACAUGGGCAUCCAAGGAGCCGCUUCGGCCACGGUGCCGCCCCAUCAAUGCCACCCUGGCUGUCGAGAAGGAGGGCUGCCCCGUGUGCAUCACCGUCAACACCACCAUCUGUGCCGGCUACUGCCCCACCAUGACCCGCGUGCUGCAGGGGGUCCUGCCGGCCCUGCCUCAGGUGGUGUGCAACUACCGCGAUGUGCGCUUCGAGUCCAUCCGGCUCCCUGGCUGCCCGCGCGGCGUGAACCCCGUGGUCUCCUACGCCGUGGCUCUCAGCUGUCAAUGUGCACUCUGCCGCCGCAGCACCACUGACUGCGGGGGUCCCAAGGACCACCCCUUGACCUGUGAUGACCCCCGCUUCCAGGCCUCCUCUUCCUCAAAGGCCCCUCCCCCCAGCCUUCCAAGUCCAUCCCGACUCCCGGGGCCCUCAGACACCCCGAUCCUCCCACAAUAAAAGCUUCUCAAUCCGCA